CGUCCUGUCCAUCUGUUCUGUUAACACUGUCAUUCGGUAAUUGCAGCGAUGGCCUGUUUUGCGGUUUAUCUGGCACUCAUUUCAGUUGUAGCAGUGAGUAUAAAGGCGACGGCCAUCCCACGGGAUGCGGAGUCACUUGUGGCUCUGAAACAGAGCUUCGCUGCCUUUCCCCUCGACGACUGGCUCCAAGGGAACCUCUCCAACUUCUGUAAUUGGACGGGCGUCACCUGUGACCACUCCAACCAGAACGUAAUCGCCCUCAAUCUGCAAAAUAAGGCCAUAUUUGGCUCAUUCCCAGUUAACAUCCCCACCUUUAGCCGUCUCACUACACUGAAUCUUUCCUCUAAUUUUAUAACUGGCCAAAUUCCAUCCUCUGCUUUCGCGUCUUGCUCUGCUCUCGCUUUUCUUGAUCUGAACCGCAACAAUCUCACCGGCACUCUUCCGUUAUCUCUCUCCAACUGUACGGCCCUUAAAAUCCUCGACUUGUCCGUUAACAAGCUAACCGGCCCUGUACCUUACAGCCUCUCGAAGCUAUCGAAGUUAGAGCAGCUCAACUUCCGUGAUAACAAUUUCACAGGCCUAAUUCCUGAUUCUCUAUCAAACUGUACCAAUUUGGUAUCGCUAGAUCUAUGUUUUAACCUCUUUAUCAAUGGAACCAUACCCAAAGGGCUUGGCCUUCUCACCCGACUGCAAAACCUGGGUCUAACCGGUAACUCUCUCUCUGGUCUGUUAUCCGCGACCGUUAUCUCCAAUCUGACUCAACUCCGGAUAUUGAAGGUGGGACAAAGCAAUAUGACCGGCCCGAUUCCUUCAUGGCUCGGCCAAAUGCCAUUCCUGGAACAGAUAUGGAUGGGAUCAAGUCUAUACGAGGGGAACAUUCCUUCUUCGCUCGGGAACAUAUCGUCUCUCUCCCUUUUAGCCCUCUACGAUUCCUCCCUCUCCGGUAAUAUUCCCAAAUCACUCGGCCAACUUUCCCGCCUAACCCAAUUGAGCAUCUCAUAUAAUUAUCUCACAGGCUCCCUUCCGGCAGAGCUGGGGAAUCUUACAAUUUUACAGCUUGCACGAAUGAGGGGAAAUUCGUUAAGCGGAAGUAUUCCGAUCCAGUUUGGCCGAUUCAAAUUCCUUCAACGAUUUCAAGCGGAAUAUAAUAACUUCAGUGGAAGGAUUCCAACGGAGCUGAGCAACUGUUCGGCCUUGGGUCUUCUCAAACUCAAUGGCAAUCAGCUAAGCGGAAGCAUACCCCCACAGCUGGGUCGCUUACGCCUCCUAGCGGAACUCAAUUUGGAGCAAAAUCAAUUGUCGGGAACGAUACCGGAAUCGCUUUCAAACUGCACCGAUCUUCAGGGUCUGUCCCUCGGCUACAAUCUGCUACACGGUAACAUUCCUCCUGCUGUUGCAAGCCUGCGGAAUAUAGUUCUUUCAUUUUCAAUGCCCCGUAAUCUACUCGCUGGAAAAAUUCCAGCAGAAAUAGGGGGUAUGAAAUUUGUUACUGUGAUUGACCUGGCCGGCAAUCAUUUAGGCGGCGAGAUCCCGACGAGCCUUGGAAACUGCGUGGAGCUGCUGCAACUGAACCUUUCAAACAAUCGAUUUAGUGGUCAAAUUCCGCAAACAUUGGGCACACUUAUUACUCUUACGAACUUGGAUCUCUCUCUCAACAAUUUAUCUGGUCCCAUACCAAGUUACCUUGGCGACAUGGCAACUCUCCUGUUUCUGAAUCUUUCUUAUAACCAUCUCUCUGGUCCUAUUCCCAACCGAGGUGUGUUCAGAAAUCGUUCAGCCAGCUCUUUCAUUGGGAAUUCUGAUCUGUGCAGUCUAGAAUGCCCGAAACCAUCAGCUCAAUCCUCCAGCGGUCUCUCGAAAUUAUCCAAGUUCCUUAUUAUCUUGGGAUCGUUUGCUUUUGGAGCUGUUGUUCUAACAGCCAUGGUGUACUUGUAUGUGCACAGGAGAAAAGAGAGUGCUUCAGACACCAAUUAUCGGUACCCAGGACAGAAGGAUUUGGCCUUGGUCAAAUUAAAUCACAACGAGUUGUUCCAUGCGACUACUGGUUUCAACCAUAAAAAUAUAAUCGGUUCAGGUAGAAUGGCAACCGUGUAUAGUGGGAAGCUAAAUCUAUCAGGCAGUGAACAAGAUGUAGCUGUGAAGAGAUUCAAGGAGGAAAUUGACGGCAGUGUUGCAGUGAGCGAGAGCCUGAUUGCUGAAAUCCGAGCACUGGCCACAACAAGACACCGUAAUUUAAUUCGCUUGUUGGGCUACUGUUUGGCGUCAAAGAGCAUUGCUUUAGUUAUGGAGAUGAUGCCGAAUGGAACCUUGGCAUCACACAUUCAAGAAAAGACGCUAACCUGGAGCAUAUGCUUGAGAAUUGCACGGGGCGUGGCUCAGGGUUUGAAGUACCUUCAUUAUGAAUGUCCGCAGCCAAUUUUACACUGCGAUUUGAAACCGUCCAACAUCUUGCUCGACAUGGACUUGGAGCCCGGGAUUGCUGAUUUCGGAAUUUCAAGAAUUCUGAAACACGAUGACUUGAGCCGUGGAUUUAGCACUUCCAAUUUGCAAGGAUCCAUUGGUUACAUGCCACCAGAGUAUGCAUUAAGUGGGAGAAUGACAGCGAAAGGAGACGUGUACAGCUAUGGAAUUGUGAUUUUAGAAAUGGUCUCAGGACACAAUCCAACGUCCGAGAUGUUUAGUGAGGAAAACCCGCUUCCAAAGUGGGCACUGGGGACUUCCGUGAAUGGCACGACAUUUCAAGUAAUUGCUCCUCAUCUUCACAAGCUUGAAGACGAGGCAGAAGACAGGGAGCAAGAAAUGAUUAAUAUGGUGCACUUGGGAUUGGCCUGCACCUCGCCCAGACCUGAAAAUCGCCCAACAAUGAAUGAGGUAGUUAGAAUUCUGGACAGAAUCUCGGAUGCCAAUACAACAACUACACUUCCUUCGAUCAUGAAGCUGAUUGAAUCAGCUCACUAGGUUGGUUAUUAAGUUUCGCUAAUCUCAAUGCGAAAUUGUUUUGUGAUGUAAUUGUGUUCACCCUAUAGUUAAGACUAGCACUUAGGAGUUGUAAUAGAUGUCAAGUUGAAGAAUAUUUUUGAUAAUAUUUAGCCGAUAGGCUAUAUUAGAUAGGCUUUUCCUAAAACCUGUCUCGCUCUGGAAUUCUGUCUUCCAUCCGGAUUCAUGUUGUCUGAAGAUUGAUCGAACAACUAUCAAAACAGCUUUCGAGUGAUCUGAAAAUCUGACACUCUGAAAACAAAAUGUUGACUCGGCAUUUAAUUUA